UCGAAAUAGUCGUUUUUCAAGUCAAAAUAGUUGUUCGCCAGUCAAAAAAAGUCGCCUCUUUGAAAAUAGAUUGAAAAAAGUUGAAAAAAGUAGAAAAAAUAGAAAAAAAUAGAAAUAGUGCGGAAAAAGUCGCAAUAUCCAAGGCCAGAAUAUAGAGAAACUUUACGUUCACUGUAACUUGUAUUUUAUAUUUUCAGUUUUCAUAAAAAUCAUGCGCAUUACAAAUCGACUUUUGUUGACUAAUAGCGCAUCAACGUAAGAAGGGGAAUUGAUGUGGUAUAAAGUCGCGUCAUCAUUUUUCUAUUAUCAAUAAUGUUCUUUUUCCACAGAAUAAUACCUGCAAGAAUAUUUGUGCUGCUUUUUCGUUUCUUCAUUAUCGGUAGAUAACACCUCUGAUAAAAAAAAAGAGGUGCCGAAGUAGGGAUAGACGGUGUUGGCGUAACGUUGCUCGCCAUUAUUUUCCAUAUAAUCGAGCAAAGGGACGAUGGCGGUCACACAUCUCGACCUGGGCCUUCGCCUCAUCAAAUAUCUCCUCUGUGCUGUUAAUGCACUUUUUGUGUUAACAGGUGCAAUGAUAGUAUCAGUAGGAACAACAAUUUAUGCAGUUUACGACGAUUUCUCACGUUUCCUAGACUCGAGUUAUUUUUCACCAGCGACUUUAUUAAUUGUCGUUGGUUCUUUCGUUUUUGUAAUAGCAUUUUUUGGAUGCUGUGGAGCAAUAAAAGAAAGUACCUGCAUGGUUCUAGUGUUUGCAGUUUCUCUCUCUUUGGUAUUAAUAAUGGAACUUGGAGCAGCAAUCGCCGCCUAUGCACUUCAAGAUGGAAUUAAAGAUCUUCUAGCUGAACGAAUAAAUUCCACAAUGCACGAAUACGAAAGCAAUCAGGAAGCAAAAGCCUCCCUAGACUUUUUACAAUCGAGAUUAGGAUGCUGCGGCUACGAUGGCAGUUAUGAUUGGGACGGUAUUUUGCACAACAAUACAAAUGGAAUGAGAGUUCCAAAUUCAUGUCUAGUUGAUGGAAUGAUUUAUCAAAGUGGAUGCAUUAUUCGUCUUUCGCUUAUUGUCCAGCGUAGCGCAUUUUUCUUAGGCGCUGGAGCAACUUUAAUUGCACUGAUUCAGUUGGCCGGAAUUAUGUUCGCCUGCAUGUUGGGUCGAGCGAUACGAAGACAAAAAAUCGAAAGAACGAGAAGACAAUGGGAAUUACGGGAAAAUCUCGUCAAUGGAUAUUUACCAAUUGGAAAAACAGAUCCAGUUGUCUCAUUUCCAGUAGUUUAUAUGCAAAAUUCCGAUUUCCCUCUAAAUUAUACACCGAAAGCGUGAAUUUUCUUUUCUACUUUAUAAAAACAAAAUUGAAUUCUUAAAUUUUAAUCUCAGGAUAAUAAAUUAAUAAUUAUGUAAAUUAAUUUUCAAAUAACUGCGUGAAAAGAAAUUGUGUGACAAGAGUUGACAUCAAUAAGACAACUCGUUUAAUUAACAUUUGUUAAUGUUAUUUUUAUAUUUAUACAAAUGAAAAAUAAAAUUUAUUACCAAAAA